CAAAGAGCUCUGCAGAGAAGAAGAAGAAGGAGGAGAGACCAGAGGAGACGAGGGAAGAAAAAAAAAAUAAAAGAAGCUCGUUCCCCCCCUCCCCUCUCGCUCUCUUUCUCUCUCUACCUUCAGCUGACCGUACAAUCCCCAACCUAUCCCGAAUCGAUGGGGUUUGAAAAUGGGGAAAUUAGUAUAGGGAAGGAGAAGGCUGGGAUCGGAUUAGGGUUUCGGAGUUUGAUGAGGAGGAAGCAGGUGGAUUCUGAUCGAGCUAGGGCUGGGAGCGGUCACCAUAAGCUCGCCAAAGAAUUAUCUAUUCUUCAGCUAAUUGCGAUAGGUGUCGGCUCGACGAUAGGAGCCGGAGUUUAUGUUCUUGUUGGAACUGUUGCUAGAGAACAUUCAGGACCAGCUCUGACCAUUUCCUUUUUAAUAGCUGGAAUAGCUGCCGCGCUUUCAGCAUUCUGUUAUGCGGAGCUUGCCAGUCGUUGCCCUUCUGCAGGGAGCGCCUAUCAUUAUUCAUAUAUUUGUGUAGGGGAAGGUGUUGCUUGGUUGAUUGGUUGGGCCCUUAUUUUAGAGUACACAAUUGGUGGAUCGGCUGUUGCACGAGGGAUAACCCCAAACUUGGCAUUGGCUUUUGGAGGACCAGACAGUUUGCCUUUUUUCCUAGCACGUACUCAAAUUCCAGGGCUUGAUAUAGUAGUUGAUCCAUGUGCUGCAAUUCUGGUGUUUAUAGUUACAGGCCUGCUAUGUGUGGGAAUAAAGGAGAGUACUUUUAUCCAAGCUAUUGUCACAGUUUUAAAUGUCUGUGUCAUGUUAUUUGUCGUUAUUGUUGGUGGAUAUAUUGGUUUUAAGACUGGAUGGGUGGGAUAUACUGUCUCAAGCGGAUACUUUCCUUAUGGGAUCAAUGGAAUGCUAGCCGGAUCAGCUACGGUUUUCUUCGCAUACAUAGGUUUUGAUUCGGUUGCUAGCGCAGCUGAGGAGGUGAAAAAUCCUCAGCGUGAUUUGCCAUGGGGUAUAGCAUCGUCUUUGUCCAUAUGCUGCUUCCUCUAUAUGAUGGUUUCUGUUGUUGUGGUUGGCCUGGUACCAUACUUCACUAUGGAUCCUGAUACCCCAAUUUCAUCUGCAUUUUCUAAACAUGGCAUGCAGUGGGCAAUGUACAUUGUUACUGCAGGAGCUGUUCUUGCUCUCUGCUCAACUUUGAUGGGCUCACUUCUGCCACAGCCUAGAAUAUUAAUGGCGAUGUCUAGAGACGGAUUACUGCCCCCUUUUUUCUCAGAUGUCAACAAACACACUCAGGUCCCUGUUAAAAGUACGAUUUUGACUGGAAUCUGUGCAGCAGCCCUGGCUUUCUUCAUGGAUGUUUCACAGUUGGCUGGAAUGGUCAGUGUGGGUACACUUCUCGCAUUCACCAUUGUUGCAAUUUCAAUCUUGAUCCUUAGAUACGUUCCUCCAGAUGAGGUGCCUCUGCCAUCAUCACUUAAAGAGUCAAUUGAUUCGGUAACAUUUCGUUACGGUAUUCAAGAAAAAGAUGAGGGAAAUUCUAAAAAUCUUAGUGGAAAGAGUAUUGAAAAUGGUCCAGAGGAAUCAUUUGAGUAUCCUCUUAUUGUGAAGGAAGAUGGAUCUGAUAAACUGAACGAACAGAAACGGCGAAAGCUUGCAGCAUGGAGCAUAGCAUUUGUGUGCAUUGGAGUUUUCAUCCUCACUUCUUCAGCAUCAGUUACAUUCUUGUCUGUCUUGGUACAAUAUUCGUCAUGCGCUUUUGGUGGCUUUCUCCUUUUGGGAAGUCUGACUGCACUUACCUGGAUCGAGCAAGAUGAUGGUCGGCACAGUUUUGGACAUGCUGGAGGAUUCAUUUGCCCUUUUGUUCCACUUCUGCCAAUCUGUUGCAUCCUCAUAAAUGUGUAUUUGCUGAUAAAUCUUGGAACUGGAACUUGGAUACGUGUUUCAAUGUGGCUACUGGCCGGAGUUUUUGUGUAUUUGGUCUAUGGUCGGAGCCACAGCUCAUUAACCGAUGUAGUAUAUGUUCCAGUGGCCCAUGCCGAUGAGAUAUAUAGAACUUCUGCAGAAUAUGUGGCUUAGCGCUGCAACGGUAUUUAUGUACAAUUCCUUGUUGUAUCCUUGUCGUUGCCUCUAUAUUAUGGUUGCCAGGGGCAAAUUGACCAGUCUAUGAUUGAAUACAGAGAAUAUAUGCACAACAGUGCAUGCUUCUCGUCGUCAAGGUGAAUGUAAAUAGUUUGAAGAAAUGUCAGCAAAUGCUGAGAUUGUUGUUGUCUGCUGGAAAUAUUUUAUGGAUUCAAUUAUUAUUAUUGGCUUCAGUGAAAUGAGAUGUGCUCCAAUUUUAAGUGGGCCUGUUCAUUUUGUA